AUGGCUGCCUGCUUGAGGCCAUUCCGGGGAUCAAGCCAGUUUCAUGCCACCCCACGAUUUGCGGCUUCGACGCCGAGGCCGUCGUCCACCCAGACGGGGGCCACCUUUGCUACACCCGCGCUAGUCAUCAAAUCCAAAGUGCCCAGGAAUCGCUCGACCCAGGAUAUAAUCGAUGACAGCUCACCCAUAUCCCCUGAAGACGGAUUACCAUCCGGCUUACCAAUUAGCCGCGAUGCGCUCCCUGAAUCUAUCGAAAUUGACUCCUCCCUCAUCCCACAAUCAUCACCCUCUCCUGAGGAACCAGGGGAGGGACGCCCUCCCAAACGCAGACGUAUAUCCAUAGCCUCAUCCGAGCCCGAGACAGACCCAUUAGUGAGCUCGCAGCAUUCACAGGACACCGACCUAGGCUCGCUACCAGACGCUCCGGGCGAUCGCAUCUUGUCUUAUUAUUCGGAUGUGGACGAGGAAGACUACGAGGUCGAUGUCAAUGAAGGCGAUAGUCCAAACAUCUCACCCACUCAGUCCAUCCCCUCUUCCCCGACACGCCAGAGCCCCCCCACAACUGGAGACGGAGAGGAAUCAGAACUUGACGACUUGGAAGACGGCACCGAAGCAGAAGCAGCAGACUCCGAGACUCCCAAACGCACCGAUACGAAACCCACCUUCCGCGUAGGACCGCGCUUCAAACUCACCGAGCCACCAGAUAAAUUCACACUCCAUCCCGAUGCCUACCUGUCGGCGGAUAUCUUUUCACCGCAACGUCGAGGAGCAAAAUAUCUCCCGGGAGGGCUAGCCGCAGAGUUGCGUGACUGGCUGGUGGAUGUGAAGGGUGGUGUUGACAGCGAGGGGGAGGUAAAAGCUACUUCAUCUGCUCUUAGUUUUACGACUGCUGCCGGUGCGGCGAAGGUGGUGGUAGGUGAGGUCGCACGCGGUGGUCCAGGUAUGACGUUGGUUUCCGGGAGUGUGGUGGAUAGAGGGGCUGGAGAUGGGCUACAGCAGGAUGUCAACGUGAGGGUGAUCCUGGCUGGGGAGGGGAGUAUCGAGGGACUGGGGGACGGGGGGAGAGCGGGGAACAGGAAUCAAGUUGCCCCUGGAACGGUGGUUGCUAUUGAGCCGCCUGCUUGGGAUGUUGAGCUUGAUGGGCGCACGACUUUCAAGAAAUCCGACCCCUUAAGGAUCCUUUUUUGCGGCUCAGACGAGUUCAGUUGCGCGUCGCUGAAAGCCCUACACCACGAGCACAAGCACAAUUCCGACCUCAUCCGGUCCGUCGAUGUCGUCGUCAGACCAAGUAAGCCGACGGGAAGGGGGUAUAAGGUGAUCAGAGAAGUUCCUUUGCGUAGGCUCGCAGAACAGCUUAGUCUCCCCAUCCAUGUGAGAGACACAUUCACAGGGUGGGAUAUGCCCAAACCAGACGGCGACCCCAUCAACCUCAUCAUAGCCGUCUCCUUCGGCCUCUUCGUCCCUCCCCGUCUCAUCCACGCCUCCAAAUACGGCGGUCUCAACGUCCACCCUUCCCUUCUCCCAGAGCAUCACCAUCCAGACCCUCUCCCCGCACGCCUUCGACGAGGGCGUCCCGCUCCUGCAAACCUCCCAACCCGGCAUCCCCAUCCCACCCGACUGCACCCCCACCGAGCUGCACGACCUGCUCGCCCCGCUCGGCGCCGACCUGCUCGUCCGCACGCUGCGCGGAGGGCCCUGCACGUCCCGCCCGCACGAACCCUGCCCAACGAUAACACCACCACCACCACCACCAACAACAACAACAACAACAACCACAACGGCAGCACCAAACCCCACCCCCCCAACCCCCCCCAACAACCAAAACUCCUCCACGCCCCCAAAAUCACCUCCCACGACAAACAACUCCUCUGGACCGCCCACGGCGCACACGAGGCCAUGCGGCGGGCGGCCGUGCUCGGCUCACUCUGGACCCACCUCGGACGGAGCAGCACCACCGACGGGGGCGGAGGCGAGAAGCGGGCGAUCCUAGCCGACCUGUCGGUUGUGGAGGGCCCGCCGCCCGAUUGGAGGGUUUCUCCUGGGGGGGUUAAGUCUGAGUCUAAAUCUACAUCUACUUCUGGUGAUGGUAAUGGUAAGGGUGAGGGUAAGGGUGGGAUCGGGUCGAAGAGGGGAGUCAGCUGGGAUGGGGACGGGGUGGUGGUGUGGGUGCAGAAGAGGGCGCUUCCGCUGACGAGGGAGGCGAGGAAGGCUGGGGAGGGGUUGGUGUGGGAGGCGGAGAGUGUCACGUCGAAGUAUUGGGUGGAUAGGGAUAGGGAGGCAGUUAUUGUGCGGAUGGGAGGGUCGUGGUUGAGGAUUGGGAUGAUCAAAAUGGAGGGGUCGACUUUUAAGCCGGCGAGGGUGGUUCUUGAUGGGUGGGGGGCGAGGUCAGUGUGA